UAUGUCCAAAAGUGCAAGCCUCAGUAGAUGUUGGCAGUUGCGACGCGCUACUCGCAAACGAGCAUUUCGCGCGUAAAAUAUCUCCGCGUACAAGUCUGUUGUAUCUCGAUAACAUUAUCAUUGUGAUGUUUAAAUUUUCAACCGCUUUUUUGAAGCAGUUAUGGCUGACGGUUGGUGCCUCAUUAGCGUUCCUGAUUAUAGGCCUGGUGAGAGGUUAUUCGGCAUCCGGAAUACCAUCGAUUGAAGCCGUAAACCCCGAAAUUAUACAGAGCAGUGAACAAAAAUCAUGGAUUGGUGCUAUCCCACCAUUGGGUGCAUUUUUGGGAAGUUUGUUGUCUGGGGCCUUGAUGCAGCGAGCUGGGCGCAAGCGGACCCUGCAGCUCACAGCCCCUCUGUGGGUCGCUGCUUGGCUGCUGCUGGGUUUUUCUAAAUACUUCGCCCUCGUCCUCGUGGGCAGAAUACUGUCCGGUCUCUGUGUCGGCUUCGUUUUGGCCCCAGUACAAGUGUAUGUAAGUGAAUGCUGCGAUCCUGAAAUUCGGGGACGACUGGGCUCCCUGCCCACGAUGUCUAUGUCUUUUGGGAUACUGUUAUCGUACGUCGCUGGAAACUGGCUCUACUGGCGAUAUUUGGCGUUUUUCUCGUGCAUAUUUUGUGUGGCUUUAUUUUUGGUACUACUGCCAUUGCCCGAGUCACCUGUAUGGUUGGAGUCUCAAGGAGCGGAUCCCUCGCAAGCAGUCAUGUGGCUCCAUCUAUCGGCCCGCGCAACUGCUACUGUUAAAGAUAUCCCAGAAAAAGGGGAAGAACAACCAUCAAGUCUGUUCACCCGAAAAGUAUUCUUUUCGUCUGCAGUGAUAAAGCCCCUGACAGUGGGGUUUGCUCUACUUUUUUUCCAGCAAUUUAGUGGAAUAGACGCCGUAAUAUUCUUCACAGUUGAGAUAUUUCAAUCUGCAGGCAGCAAACUAGAUGCCAUGACCGCUACAAUAAUCGUUGGGUUAGUCCAGCUCCUAAUGAACGGCGUCAGUACAAUGCUGGUGGACCGUGCCGGCCGUCGGCCGCUGCUCAUGAUCUCGGCGGCCAUCAUGUGCAUCUCCAUGGCAUCUAUGGGUGCUGCGUUUUAUUUCGAAUUUCAAAAUGAAAGCUGGCUAGGGUACCUUCCCGUCGCGAGUUUGGUGACAUUCAUGGUCGGCUUCUCGCUGGGUUUCGGUGGGCUGCCGUUCCUGUUGCUUGGAGAGCUGUUCCCGGCUCAUUACCGGUCGCAGCUAUCGGCCAUGGCGAGUGCUGUCAAUCUGCUCUCCAUGUUCACCGUCAUCAAGACUUACCAUGCACUCGAGACGGUGUUAACGUCAGCGGGUACUUUCUGGAUGUACUCCUGUUUUUGCGCGCUCGCAUUCUUCUUCGUGUUGUUCGUCGUACCCGAAACCAAAGGCAAGUCCCUCGCUGAAAUAGAACAACAUUUCCGUGGGCUAAAGCAGAAGGAUAUUGUCAACAUGCAAAACAUUUCCACCGUGUGUUAGUUGUGAUAAUAUAAGUUAAGAUAAUUUUGGCCCCUAUGACAAGAAGUACUUUUAAAAAAAGUUGUAUAUUUUUCACAUUUUGUAUUAAUAUCUUUAAUAAUAAAUAUUUCCAACACUCACACCAAUUACCUUAGCCCCAAAGUAAGCACUGUAAGGCUUGUGUUAUGGGAUACUAG